CGGCAGCUGGGGCCCCAGGACUCCCGGGGCGGGGGCGGGUGUGCGCUUGGCAGUGGCCGCGGAGGAGGGGCCGGAGCGCGGCGCGGGGUGCGCGCUUUUCCCGGCCGGCUGGCGGCGGCGGCCCAGUGGGGCGGCGGGCAUGGCCGGGGAGCGGCGAGGGGUGCAGCUCAACGCGCUGCCGGACCACUCGCCGCUGCUGCAGCCGGGCCUGACCGAGCUGCGGCGCCGGGCCCUGGCGGCUGGCGUCCCUCUCGCGCCGCACCCGCUGUCCGACGCCUUUCUGCUGCGGUUCCUGCGCGCCCGGGACUUCGACCUGGACCUGGCCUGGCGGUUACUAAAAAACUAUUAUAAGUGGAGAGCAGAAUGCCCAGAAAUAAGUGCAGAUCUACACCCUAGAAGUAUCUUUGGCCUUCUGCAGGCUGGCUACCUUGGAGUCUUGAGAUCCAGGGAUCCCACUGGCAGCAAAGUUCUUAUUUACAGAAUUGCACACUGGGACCCCAAAGUUUUCACAGCUUAUGAUGCGUUUCGUGUAAGUCUAAUCACUUCAGAACUUAUUGUACAGGAGGUAGAAACUCAACGGAAUGGAAUCAAGGCUGUCUUUGACUUGGAAGACUGGCAGUUUUCUCAUGCUCUGCAAAUUACCCCUUCUGUAGCCAAGAACAUUGCUGCAGUGCUUACAGAUUCCUUUCCAUUAAAAGUUCGUGGCAUCCAUUUUGUGAAUGAGCCGAUAAUUUUCCAGGCUGUCUUUUCCAUGAUUAAACCAUUCCUGACAGAAAAAAUUAAGCAACGGAUCCACAUGCAUGGGUACAAUUACAAACAAAGCUUAACUCAGCAUUUCCCAGGCAUUCUUCCUCUGGAAUAUGGUGGCGAAGACUUCUCCAUGGAGGACAUUUGUCAGGAGUGGACAAAUUUUAUAAUGAAGUCUGAAGAUUAUCUCCACAGCAUUUCUGAGACCAUUGAGAAAGAAGAAGAUAUUUAAUUGAAUGUCUUCCUAAUUAAAGAUAUGUGAGUGAGUUCCUGCCUAUUUACAUGAAAGUAGGCAAAAGAGAGACUCUUUUAGACUAAAUAAUGAUUGUCUGAUUGACCUUUAAAAAUGUAAAAAUUCAGGCUUGAGCCACAUGGAUAUUUGGGACUAUUUUUAGUUUUCAAUGCAUUUUCUUUAUCUUUCAUCAAUUUAACAGGAGACUCCUUAAAAGCACAGAAGAGAGUCCUGAUUUUUGCACUUGAGAGAUUGUAUAGAAGUUAUUUCUAAAGUAGCUAUCCAUAUAUGUCUCAUAUGUUUCUGGAAAGUUUCAUUUUAAACAAAUUCUCUGAUUACAUUGGUUUAGUAAUAAAUUUAAAAUGUAAGUCCAUUGAAAAGAAAUAUUAGCAAAAGUCAAUGAUUAAAAAAACAUAUUAACAUUCAUUUUGUGUAGGUGUCAGAUUAGAUUAAAAUUCAAAUUAAAAUCUGAGUACAUUUUACAGUUAUUUCUGUGAUCUGGCAAGAUAGUUAUCUCACCAAAGUUCUAUUUUAGCACAUUUGCACAUAGAAACUUUUGAUUGUGGCAUCUAUAUCCCAUAAACAACUGUAUGUAGUAUCUAUAAGUCUCUUUGAAAUUACUCAUGUUGACUCAAUUGAUAAAAAUAAUUUGGAAAAUAUUUAGGCACAGCUGAUGGCCUGUCAGUACUGUUUUUGCAUUUUCAGACAAAUCAAGAAUGUAAUUUUGCUUGAGUUUAGAGUUACUCUUAUCAUAAUUAUGGGGGGAUUUAGAGCUGGAAUUUAGUAGUCCUAUAUGUGAACCCUACUAGUAACUGAACAAUAACACCAUUACAGAAGGGAAAAAAAAUGUUUACAUUUUUAAAAUCGCUGUUAAUUAUAUGCAGUCUUUUUCAAAUUAUGCAUGAAAUAAUUUGGGUCUUGCUAUUAUAUCAGAAUAUUCUAGCCAAAACCUGUAAUUCAUAUUUACUUAAAAAAAAAAAAAAACAACAGUAGCUAAAAUAUGCUGUUUAUACAGGAGUUUAUGUCUAAGAAUAUUUCAUUUAUUGAGUAGGAUAUAAUCUCAACCCUCAUAUUCAAUACAGCUUUCUCUUUAUGACAUGAUUUUAUACUUAGUGUUCUGCAAUUGCUUAAUUUUAUUUUAAAUGUGACAAAGAAAGAACAAAGGAUUCAACAUUUGUUCAACUAUUUGGGUUUCACUGUUAAUCAUACAAUAGUAUCUUUUUGAAAGGAUAUGUGAAGAGUAUUUUCUUUGUAAGAAAAUUAAUCUAUCAGGUGAACUGAUACCUAUGAUUUUCUGUAUGUAAGUCUAUUGUAAAAUUGAAAGCUAAUUGUGAAUGUUCUUUAAAGAACAAGUUUGGUUUUGGUUUAGCAUUGGGAAGCUAACUUUAGUUAUUACAAUUUUUAUAUUAAAAAAGAUCCUGCUUAAUUUCCUUAAAAUUUUGUAAGAUCUUUUGUAAAGAAAUUUUAAAUUAUAUAAUUAAAAUAACAAAACAAAAUCAGUUUAAACGAACAAUAACAAUAACAAAAACCUCUUGAUUUAUCCAACUUUCAUUCCCAGAAGAAGAAUUACAUCACAAAGUUCUACCUCAUUUGCAUUUGGGUACUUAAAACACUUUCUUAUAACUGUGAACAAAUAGAAAUGAUUAAUUUACAAGAGGAAUAAAGAAUAAUAUUUUUAAAUGUCAUUUAAAUUUGACUCUUUGAUGAUGUGAUUAACUAAUAGUAAAUAGAAUUAAAACAAUUUUUAAUGAAUUUUUAUCAUGAGACUUUGAAAUGUUUAUAAAAUUCAACAAUCCACUAAAUAUUAAAAGAACAAUGUGAAAAGAGCAGGGAAUUUUAUAAGAUAGCAAGAUAAAUUUCAGUCUAGUUAUCUAUAUUACGUUACUGUGAUUGUACCAGCAGUGCCUUUUAAAAGGUUAACCUUAUCGUGUGCUCAUUGUUACUGAACUGUCCAGUAAUUUGUGUGUUUUAAUAUUGUUCAAAAGAAAAUAAACAUCUUUCACAUAAA